AUGGCGGCUGGCGGGGCUGUGUCUGCGACGCCCGAGUGCCGGCUUCUGCCCUACGCGCUACACAAGUGGAGCUCCUUCUCCUCCACCUACCUUCCUGAGAACAUUUUAGUGGAUAAGCCAAAUGACCAGUCUUCACGGUGGUCUUCAGAGAGCAACUACCCUCCCCAGUACUUGAUUCUGAAGCUUGAAAGGCCUGCUAUAGUCCAGAAUAUCACAUUUGGAAAAUAUGAGAAAACUCAUGUCUGCAAUUUGAAGAAAUUUAAAGUCUUUGGUGGAAUGAAUGAAGAAAACAUGACAGAGCUAUUGUCCAGUGGCUUAAAGAAUGAUUAUAACAAAGAAACAUUUACCUUGAAGCAUAAAAUUGAUGAACAGAUGUUUCCUUGUCGAUUCAUUAAAAUAGUUCCACUCUUAUCGUGGGGACCCAGCUUUAACUUUAGCAUCUGGUAUGUUGAACUUAGUGGCAUUGAUGAUCCCGAUGUAGUACAACCCUGUCUCAACUGGUAUAGUAAGUACCGUGAACAGGAAGCUAUUCGCCUUUGCCUAAAACACUUCAGACAACAUAACUAUACAGAGGCCUUUGAAUCACUGCAAAAGAAAACCAAGAUUGCCCUGGAACAUCCCAUGUUAACAGAUCUGCACGAUAAAUUGGUACUGAAGGGUGAUUUUGAUGCUUGUGAAGAAUUGAUUGAAAAAGCUGUAAAUGAUGGCUUGUUCAAUCAGUAUAUCAGUCAACAGGAAUAUAAGCCACGAUGGAGUCAAAUCAUUCCGAAAAGUACCAAAGGUGAUGGAGAAGAUAACCGACCAGGAAUGAGAGGAGGCCAUCAGAUGGUUAUUGAUGUUCAAACAGAGACUGUUUAUUUGUUUGGUGGCUGGGAUGGAACACAAGAUCUUGCUGACUUCUGGGCGUACAGUGUGAAAGAGAACCAAUGGACAUGUAUCUCUAGAGACACUGAGAAAGAGAAUGGUCCCAGUGCUAGAUCAUGUCAUAAAAUGUGCAUUGACAUUCAACGAAGGCAAAUCUACACACUGGGGCGUUAUUUGGAUUCCUCUGUGAGGAACAGCAAAUCUCUGAAGAGUGAUUUCUAUCGUUAUGACAUUGACACAAACACAUGGAUGUUACUCAGUGAGGAUACUGCUGCUGAUGGAGGACCGAAACUGGUGUUUGAUCAUCAGGUUUGGUGCACAGAUAACUGUAUGGUGGAAUUAAUUAGUGCUCAGUGA